AUGACUGAUGAUUUGAUGAUCGAGAUGCAAGAGAAAUUUGACGAAAUAAAAACCAUGGUAGAAGGUCUUGCAAUUGAUCAAAAUAUAAGUCUUUAUACUUUAGAUGAUGAAACUCUGAUUUCUUCAAUUGAAUCAAUGGUAAAAGAGUCUGAAAUAUUAGAUCAACAGUUGAAAAUCCAAUCACUUACUGGAGAAGCGAAAGUUAAAAAAUCAAUCGAGCAAUAUAAUGUUCAAUAUCAAAGAUUACGCGAUGAAAAAGUUUCUUUAAGACAAAGACUAGCCGAAAUACAAGCAAUUGAUAAAAGUUCGAUUUCUCAAUAUAUUGCUCAAAAUAAAUCUCAGAUUACCAAAGCUGCCAUUGAAGAAGCAGCAAAAAUUGUUGAAUCACGUUCUUCAGUAACGAAAAGAGAUAUAGAUAGAAUUUACUUACUCUCUUUGAAGAAGCAAAUCAAAACAUAUUUACUCAAUUUUAUUAGUACAUUAAUUAAUAAAAAUUAA